AUGUUCAUUCCAGGAAUUGUCCAGGCCCUGGUUGCCGCACUUACCUUUGGCAUCGUCCUCAACGCCGCCUCCGCCGCCGUCUUUCUUUUCGCAAAGGGCCAUGGCUCCAAAAUCUUUCGGGACGGCCUGAGGCUGGUCCUCAUCACAUUCCUUGCUUCAGCAGCCCUGUGGGCUCAAAUCGACUUCGCCGCCCUUACCAUCGAUCCGACUGCGAUCUCCGGGUGCCAAGUCGCCGUAAUAUUUGCUACCAUUUUCGAUCAGUUGGCCCGCUUCGCGAUCGAACAAUACCUACUAUGGGCCAUCAACUCCAACGCCAAAACGCCUACCGGUGCGAUGAUUCCUCAGGCGGUUAUCGGAACGCGUUUCAUCUUGGGUGCCGUCUUCGUUGGCUUCCAAAAGCCGCAGAUUGCUACCGUCUGCGUCUCAAAAACUGACGUACUGCCGAUUGGCGUUGUUAUCAUGAUCACAGAUUUCCUCAUCAUUGGCAUGCUGGCCUUCAGGGCGAACUCUCUCGGUCUUAUCACGGAGGCCAGGAGUGGCCGGCCUAGUUCCCAAAACAAAAAGGCUGUUUUGUGGACUAUGGUCGGAUUCGCUGUUUGGACAGCGGGAAGCAUUCCGUUGCUGUUGGGCGCUGAGAACAUCGAGUUGAUCUUCAGAACCGCCGUUCCAGCGACUGCGCUGUCGCUGCUUGUUGGAAUCGUCACUGGCUUUUCCGAUUCUCUGCUUCCCCCUCGUCCCCAGCAAGCUACUCAUCCUGACGCUCAAUCUCCUCGUAACAUCAGCUCAAGCAGAGACAUCGGUACUUCCGAUUCGGACUAUCCGCCGACGCGAUAUGAGGACCUCAAGGCCGGCACUAUCACCACCGUUUCAACUUUCAACCAGCCCCGAGAUGCGCCUCGUCCUGAUGUCCCGAGAGGUGCCGACGGUGCUUUGCCCAUCAUUGCGGGCUCUGUUCCCGGCCAAGCCAUGAUUGGAGUAGGCGGAGUCCCAGUACAGGGACAACUAUUCCCUCCCAUCCGCGCGCAGACGGCCCCAGUGAGAGAGAGCAAGAGGAUAGAGAUCAAGCAGCCGAACAAGCAGUACAAGAGGAGCAUCUUCGACAGGGGUCCAGGCUCGAAUAUCAAGCACGCCAUCUCGAACCCGAUCCUUCAGGAGAGCGGAGAGCGAAACCCUCUGAACAAGAUUGCCACCAUCGACCUGGCAACUGCGGCUCAGAACGACAGAGAAAGGAGAGAUAACGACAUGGCAACCAUGCAACAGUCCCCUAGCCUGAUUGCCCAGCGUCCCGCUCCUCGACCUCCUGCUAUCACGCCCGAAGAGGCCCUCAAGCGAGCUCAAAGCACGAAGCGGAAGGAAGUUGGACCGGCAUCUCCUCCCCCGGCGGAACCGCAACCUCUGAAAUCCGCCGGACUGAUGUCCAACCCACCAGCAACGACAUCUUCUGCGCAACUUUCACCCGGAGUUGAGGAACUCCGCCGAAGAUCGCCUCGAGUAUCCCCUCGUCAAUCUCCUGAGCCUGUACAACAAAAUGAGACGGAGACCAGGCCGUUCACGCCUCCUAAGCAAUCCGCACCUGCUAGUUCAAUUUCUCCGCCUCGUCCUCCACGACCUGAGCGACCUUUGAGCCCCUUUGAGACAAUGGAGAGAUCUGGGAGUCAAAAGACGGUCGAUAGGUCUAUGAGCCAAAAGACGAUGACGAUUGACAGGACUGCUAGCCAAAAGUCGACAGCAACUACGAUGACUCGAACCAUGUCACCUUCAACCGGCCUUGUUCCGCCGCCUCCGCCCAGGAGUGCCGCUCGUUUGAUGUCACCGACCAAGAAGCCCGAUCUUCCUUCGACUUGGCCUAUUCAAUCCGCUGUUGAUCCUGCCAUCCGGCCAUCCAGGAACAAGCCACUUUCACCAAAGGGCCAGGAUGCAUCCGCCGCCCCCGGCUUACAGAGGCGGCCAACGACUACGGGUCUUCCAUCUAACCCUAGAGCGAUGACCAUGAGGCCUCUCCCCAAAGACGCCGUUUCGAAAGAACAAACGGUCCUGUUUGUGAAUAACAUUCAGUACAACGACCCCACAGGAGUUCAGAACAUCAUCCAGGGAGCCGUCAGUCAGGCCGCCAAGACUCCUCUCGGUCUCCAGUCCCCGGGAUCGGCUCUUAAGUCGUCGGGAUCUAUUGUUCAUCGACCGCGUCCUAUCCCCAGGCAACCCGGGAAAGACCGUCCGAUUUUCCCUGCUGAAGAUACUCCGAACCACAAGCGAAGAAGCCCUACUCAGCUUCCUCCAUUGCCGCCACCACCUAAGAGUGCCGGUGCACCUGUUAGACCGUUGCCGAAUGACACGAAGAGCAUGACGUUUGAUGAGAAAAUGGAUCUUUUCUUCCCCAGACCGCCUAGCAGCUCCGACGGAAGCUCACGACCCAGGGAAUCGAUUCCUGAGAUGCCUGUUCUUCCUGCCGCUUACAAGCCCGAGAGCAAUGCCGUGGCCGAGGACAGGGGAGGAUGGGAUACCAGCCGCGUGCAAUCGAAGCAGUCGUCUAAUCGUUCAACAAAGACCUCAGUUCGCACUGAGAGCAUUCUGGACAUUGAAGAGCCUCAACACGCUCUGAACUACCCUCGAAACACAUCGAAGUUCAGCGUCGACACAUCUAUUGUGAGCGGAAGGGAUCGCGACUCUUGGAUACCCGACCUGCCCGUUGACGACCGUACCCGUGGCAAGUCAUACGACGGAGUCAAGCGCCAGUCUUCACCGGUUCUUCCCGUUCGCAAUCCUAGUCUCUCAGAGUUCAGCGAAACCCGAACGCAUGACGAGGUUGCAACGACAAAUUGGGGUUCCAUUCAUUCACCUGUUGCCGCGGUUAACAUUCAAGAGGUCACUCACAUGCCGAAACCUACCUGGAUUCAGCCGCGCGACGUGUCGAUGAUCAGCCAUAACGACGGCAAGGAGGUGAUUGAUAUCAUGCUAGACGCAUCUGUCGAGCAUGAGAGAGAUUUCGUUCCCUCGGUGCAAGAGAUCAACGAGGGGCCCGCCGACCUUCCUGACGUGAGCGUUGCCAACCGCGGCGCUCGCUGGCAUCGUCGUGUCGGUGACGCGUGUGCAACUUUCUCCGAGCGUGAUGAGAAGGUCAACUCCCGUCGCAUGCCGCCGCCUCGCGCUCUUCAACUCAAGUCGCCCACUAGAAGAAACAACGCCGUUGUACUUCAGGUCGCUGAGCCGUCCCCGCUUGAGUCACCGCAGCAUGCCUACGAAAUGAUCCAGGCGCAACUCAAGAAGUUGGAGGAGCCUACUCGGGACUCCUAUGAGAGCCAGGGACAGAGAAUCCGUCUCCUUGAAUCUCUCGAGGCUGAGAUGGGACAACAAGAAAGCCAGUGGCAUGAAAUGCAGCAUGGUCUGACCCGCGAUUCACUCUCGACUGUUGGGACGACUUCUGUUCGCAACUCGCAGCAGGAACCUUCCAAUGUUAGUGUGCAUUCAAGAGAUUCCUCCCUGCACUCCACCAUCGCAGCCGAUCGCCGUGCAUCCCGUCGCGCUCGGAUACAGAGCGGCGCCAGCCUCAGCAAGUCAUCAUACGAGGAUCUCAGAAGCGCGUCCUCCAGCUCGUCGGGCAACAAUCGCACUAGUCUCUGGGAACAGAGACUCGCCGACGCACAAAUGGAAUAUAUGGAGAAUGCAACUGAGCUAUUGGCCAAACGAAACCUCAAUUUCCUAUCUGUCUCAAAGGCGCGGGUGAGUGCACAGUUGGGCAGCCCUACCCCACCGGACACCGAUGAGUCCGAUGGCGUCGACGCUCAGAUUCUCGCGACGCUCAUGCCGAAGGAGCGAGCCGCACCUGCAGGUCAACUCUGGGCGCCAAUCUCGCCUGUUUAUUCUGAGCGCGAACCGACUCUUCUCUGGCGCCCAGCACACGAUGUCGCGAACAAGACCUCCAAGAGCGGUGCUGAUGCUGCCCUCCCUGGCCUAUCUGUUCGUCCCGCGGCGCGCAAGUCCGCCGAGCCCUUGCUUAUCGAGAGCGUCCAGCUUUGGCAGCCGGAUCACACUGCUGCUAAAAAGCUGCGCAACUCCACCUCAUCAUUAUGGCGAACUUCUUUCGUUGCUGAACCUCCCAAGCCAGCACGUCCUGUAACCCAACGACCACCAAGACGAAGCAAGCGCAUCACUGCUCUUCCCGACAUUCUUGAGAACCCGGAGCCGUUGCCGGACAAGCGUGGCACCCUCGGCAUCUUCCAGUUCCCCUGGGGUGAGAGGUCGGACACGGCGACCGUCCAGCCCCGACCUAGUCAUAUGUUUAUGGCCAUGCCGGGCACCAUGUCAACUGGUGGCACUGCAGUCCGCGCCGCUUUGGAGGCUCGCGCGCAGCAACUCCAGGCUCAGGAGUAUUCUUCAUCCUUCUUCGACGACUACGACGAGGAAGAGGAGGGUGACGAUGAAGUCUCGGACAUCAACGAGGACGAUGAGAGUGAUGACGGCUUUGAUGAGACAACACUUUGGGAGAUUGCCAGUCUCUUACAAUCUGACCAGGUGCCCUCCAAGAAUAGCCUACUCCCCCAGCCGACCUAUUACCGACCUGAUUCUUUGAUGGAGGAAGAGGAGUACAUCUCUCAGUCGUCUGAGUAUCCCUCUGAUGAUGAGAAGACAGCGGAGGGCGAAGACGACACCAAGCACGAUUCUCUCGUCAUGAGCGCUGUUGCUGAAGAACUUCCUACACCACCAAAGCCAUCGUCUCUGUUGUGGACCGGAAAGCCCAAGCGUUAUGUUAGCGUUCGUCUCCCGCCAGGACUCCUGCAACCUGACGCACGUACAUGGGCGACCUAUGUGGACACGAACCCUAUUCCUCGCGUCCAGGCCCAACGUCCCGAGCCCGCGACUAUUUACAGCACCACCCUCUGGAGCGCACCUAUGCCGGCAGCACAGAAGUCAGUCGGUCUUCUCUGGAGUCAACAGACAGUGAAGACGGAUAACAAGACCAAGGCUCCGACAAUGAGGACAAUGUGGAUUGCUCCCGUCGUCAUCGUGGAGAAGGAGGCCAACGGACUGUUCGACCCCAGUGAGAAGCGCAUUACCUUCAGGACAACUUCCGCUUCCCCAGUCGGCCUCAGCAUGUCCUCAACAGCUCGUGUCACAGUGGAGGCCCUGCCUGUCCUCACUUCAACAAGCCUCUGGGCGUCGCAGCAAUUGUCAACAAAGACCCUGUGGGCUUUGCCCGCCGUCGUCAUUGAAGCAGCAGAGGGUCUCUUCGAUGCUAGCCACAAGCGGGCUGUGUUCAGGACGACGACCGCCACUCCUGUCGGUCUUGCCAUGUCUUCAUCAACAGCACGCGUUACGGAGACGGCUCUCCCUGUUCUCACCUCGACUAGCCUCUGGACUGCGUCUCCCGCUGCCCUCGAAGCUCAGGACUGGAUCUCUGUCGGAUCUGCCAACUCAUCUGGUCGUUCAACUCCCACUCUCGACACCGCGUCAACAAGGUCUCUUGCGACGGAAGCAGUCUCGGAUUUUGACCCGCUCCCCGCCGUCGAAGCAAAGCGUCCCACUUGGUGGGAAAACAACGCUGAGAAGCCCCAAGAGCGACUCCAACGCACCGAGGUCACCCCCGCCGACUGGGAAGCCGCGCUGAACGAGGCUAUCGCCGCAACUGCGCCCCUCCCAUCUCCUCUCGUCCGGACUGUUGCCACUCCAGAGCAGUGGGCGGAUGCCCUUAAUGAGGCUAUCGGUACCACAUCCACCCCUGCCUCUCUUGACCGCACCGCUGCCAGCCCUGCUCAAUGGGAAGACGCCUUGAACGAGGCGAUCGCGGCCUCCUCUUACGUCCCCGAGGUUCCUGUUCAAGAAGUACAGCAGCAGCAGUACUUCGAACAACCCGAAUUUGAGCAGCAACAGUACAAUGAGCAACCUCAAUUCGACCAAGAGCCGUACUACGAGCAGCAGCAAUUCGACCAGCAGGCUUUCGACCAGCAGGAGUUCGAACGACGAGAGUAUGAGCGCUACAUGAAUGAGCAGCGCCUGUUCGAGCAGCAAAUGUACAACCAGAGGCUUCUUGAGGAGCAAAUGUACCAGCAACAGCAGUACUACGGUCAACAGCAGCAGCAGUAUGAGCCUCAGUACGAUGCUCAGUACCAGCCGCUGUACACUGAGCCUCAGUACGAGCCUCAACUCGACCAGCCUAUUGAGCCCCAGUUCGAGCAGCAGCAGGUGUACGAACCCGAGCCUGAGUUUCUUCAGCCGACGCUCUACGUGGAGCCGGCCACCGAGCCCAAGGAGCAACUGUUCGAGCCCGAACAACCCGUCUCCGUCUCGCCCGCAAAGUCUCCCCUCUGGUCUGCUCCCGAGGUGACGGUGUCCUCAGAAACCGGCAUUAUGUGGAUUGCACCAGCCAAGCCCCUCCUUCACGCCCACGACACGGCGCCCCUGACCCCAGAGGAUUCGGAAUCCCGUCAGCUCCGCCUCAAGCGCUCCAAGACCCCUCCUCCUCCUUCUACCAUUGUCAGCUUCGAAGGCCAGGGCAUGUGGAAGUCCCUCUCUGCCCCGGUGACCCCCGGGUUCCCUCCCUUGUGGUCCGCCCCCGAGGUGACCGUCUCUGAGGACACCGGCAUCAUGUGGAUUGCACCGGCCAAGCCCCCCCUUCACGCCCACGACACAGCGCCCCUGACUCCAGAGGAUUCGGUUUCCCGUCAGCUCCGCCUCAAGCGCUCAAAGACCCCUCCUCCUCCUUCUACCAUUGUCAGCUUCGAAGGCCAGGGCAUGUGGAAGUCCCUCUCCGCCCCGGUGACCCCCGGGUUCCCUCCCAUGUGGUCUGCCCCCGAGAUCACUGCCCCCAAGGAUACGGGCAUCAUGUGGAUCCGUCCCGCGAAGCCUGCCCGCCAUUCCUAUGACACCGCGCCCCUGACGCCCGAGGACUCUGAGUCUCGCAACUUGCGCCUGAAACGCUCCAAGGCGCAGUCCACCGGCGGACUCGUCAACUUCGACGGCACCGCCAUGUGGAACCACGAGGGCGCCGACGCUUCCCGCAUUGCACCCCUCGGCGGCGGCCGCAACUGGAUCGAGGGCGAGAUCUUCCGUAUCUAA